UAAGCAAUGGGAUUGGCUGCGGUCGAUAAAUUCGACGCAUCUCGCGUCAAUCCACUCGUUCCAAGAAAAGACGAUGCUCGCGCCGCAACAAGAAGUCGAAGUCGACGUCCGCAAGGAAGACCAGGACCGCAUCAACGAAUUCGGCCGCAACAACUCGCGCUUGGCCGACGUCCGCGACGAGGUCAAGGCGCUCAAGGACAAGCUCGAGACGCUCGACGAUGCCAACACGGAAAUCAUGAUGGGCGAAGGCGACAACGUCCAGCUCUUCAUUGGCGAAAGCUUUGUGCAGGUCUCGGAAGAGUACGCUCAAGAGUACCUCGAAGCCCAGACUGAGAAAACCCAGGCCAAGGUGGAGAAGCUGCAGGCCGAGGAGGCGUCGUUGGAGGCCCGCCAGGCGGCGCUCAAGAAGGUCCUCUACGCCCGCUUUGGCACGAGCAUCAACUUGGAAGACAAGUAAAUUUUGCCACACUACAAUCAUCAUGCAACUGUG